AAAUAAAGAUUGAAGAAACAUUCAGUGUGAAACAUGAAGAUACUGAGGAACAAACAGACCUAAUGGCACUGAAAGAAGUGAGUCGUGAACUUAAUGAAAAAGAAGAGGAAAAACAUUAUAAUUUGAUGACUGAAGAAAGAUCAAAACAGGUUUCCUCACAAAAAGGAGCUCAAAAGACAGAAACUAAAAGUUAUUUUACCUGCCAACAGAGUGGAAAGACUUUUAAUCAACAUAGAAACCUUCAAGUCCACUUGAGAGUUCACACUAGAGAGAGUCCCUUCACUUGCCAACAAUGUGGAAAGAGUUUCACACUUAAAGACAAGCUUAUAGUCCAUAUGAGAAAUCACACUGGAGAAAAGCCUUACACUUGCCGACAAUGUGGAAAGAGUUUCAGUCAAAAAGGAAGCCUUACAGACCACAUGAGAACUCACACUGGAGAAAAGCCUCAUACCUGUCAAGAGUGUGGAAAGAGUUUCACACAAAAAGGAAACCUUAAAGGCCACAUGAGAAUUCACAUUAAAGAGAACCCAUUCACCUGCCAACAGUGUGGAAAGAGUUUCAAUCGAAAAGGAAGCCUUAAAAUCCACAUGAGAAUUCACACUGGAGAAAAGCCUUACACCUGUCAAGAGUGUGGACAGAGUUUCAGUCAAAAAGGAAGCCUUACAGACCACAUGAGAAUUCACACUGGAGAAAAGCCUCAUACCUGUCAAGAGUGUGGAAAGAGUUUCACACAAAAAGGAAACCUUAAAGGCCACAUGAGAAUUCACAUUAAAGAGAACCCAUUCACCUGCCAACAGUGUGGAAAGAGUUUCAAUCGAAAAGGAAGCCUUAAAGUCCACAUGAGAAUUCACACUGGAGAAAAGCCUCACACCUGCCAACAGUGUGGAAAUAGUUUCCGUGACAAAGGAAACCUUACAGCCCACAUGAGCACUCACACUGGAGAAAAGCGUCAUACCUGUCAAGAGUGUGGAAAGAGUUUCAAUCGAAAAAAAGGCCUUAUAGUCCACAUGAAUAAUCACACUAGAGCGAGCCCAUUUACCUGUCAACAGUGUGGAAAGAGUUUCACAAAAAAAGGAAGCCUUAAAGUCCACAUGAGAAUUCACACUGGAGAAAAGCCUUACACCUGCCAACAGUGUGGAAAGAGUUUUAAUGAGACAGGAAACCUUAAGGUCCACAUGAGAAUUCACACUGGAGAAAAGCCUCAUACCUGUCAAGAGUGUGGAAAGAGUUUCAGUUGGAAAAAAAGCCUUAAAGCCCACAUGAGCACUCACACUGGAGAAAAGCCUUAAGCCUCGUUUGUGCUGCACGCGCGUGUGUGUGUGUGUGUGCGGCGGCGACGUGGCUACUGAAGCUGAUACGCGGCCACUCUAGUCAAUGCUCGUGUUUACACCAACUGCGCUGCGGUGCGUUUCAGAAGUGUCCCUGCCUAUUUUUGACAGACGCCAUGUCAAAGAUGCGCACAUCAAAUACAAAAUAAAGUCAAAAUAA